UUUCACUUUCUUUUUCAGCUCUUCCUCUUCUGCUGGCUGCUGUCGCAUUACAUCUUUGGAGGAUUCUUCAAGAAAACUAAAGCUAUAUCGGAAGUGGAGUCUAUGCGAGCUGAUCACUGAUGUAUUUUACAGGCAGAUUCGACCAAUCGACAAAUGGCCAAUACAAGAGAUCUCAGGAUAAUUCUUCUAGGUAAAACUGGAGCUGGAAAGAGCUCAUCUGGAAACACCAUCCUGGGCAGAGAUGCAUUCCAGGCGGAAAACACUCUGGUGUCAGUAACAAAGACGUGCAAGAAAGAAGAGGAGGAUAUCGACGAAAGAAAGGUCUCAGUGAUUGAUUGUCCGGGUCUGUCAGACUCUUCAGUCGACCUUCAGACUGUAAUCCGUGACUGUUUGCAUCUGUCAGCUCCGGGUCCUCAUGUGUUUGUGCUGGUGUUGAAAUUAGGUGUGCAUUUCACAGAGGAGGACAGAAAUGUACUUCAGUGGAUUCAGAAGAGCUUUGGAGAAGAUGCUGUGAAGUACACCAUCGUUCUGUUCACUCACGCUGAUGUACUGAAGGGUAAACCUGUUGAGCAGUACAUCAGUAAAAGCUCCGAUCUACAGCAGCUCAUCCACACCUGCUAUGGCAGAUAUCACUCCUUCAGCAACAAGCAGAGAAACGAUGAAGGUCAGGUCACAGAACUGCUGAAGAUCAUAGAAAAGAUGGUCAUGUUUAAUGGAGGGAAGCAUUACUCUAGAAAGAAUAAAUAGAGGAUUUCAGUACAUCAUAGAAUAACCAGCCUGAUCUCUCGAGAAAACGUAAGUAUUUUAUGUUUGGUCAGUUUAGUGGCUAAUUCAGUCGAGUUCAGUCGUACAAAAUUGUACGAUUUUAAAAAGGAGGCGUGGCACCUAACCCCACCCCUAAACCCAACCGUCAUUGGGGGAUGAGCAAAUCAUACUAAAUCAUACAAAUUAGAUUGUACAAAUUCAUAUGAAUUAGCCACUAAAGCAAAAAGUUACGAAUUGCCGUGAGAUUGUGUUGAGAAUAACACUGAUCUCUGUGAGUCUGUGAGCCCCCCCUUUAAAUUUAAAAUAAAUAAAUUCCCAAAUGAUGUUGAACAGAUUCAGGAAUUUUUCACAGUAUUUCCUAUAUUAUUUUUUCUUCUGGAGAAAGUCUUAUUUGUUUUAUUUCGGCUAGAAUAAAAGCAGUUUUUAAUUGUUUUAAAACCAUUUUAAGGUCAAAAUUAUUAGCCCCCUUCAGUAAUAUCUUGUUUGAUAGUCUACAAAACAAACCACUAUUAGACAAUUGGUGCGUUCGACUUUAUGCAUUGCUGCGCAGACAGAUGGAAAUCUGUCUUAAAUUUUGUCUGGAUUGAUGCUGCGCUGACGCCAUGUGACUGUCUUAUGUGGCAUCAGAGUACUGCGACAGCGCUCCGAGAUUAGACGGUCGAUUCAGUCGGUGCUGCGUCUGAAGAGCGACUGCAGCUGCUAUGAAGACAGCGAUGUUACACGAUUGGCCGAGUUCACCGCAUGACAUCAACCACUUGUGUUUCCGGUUUCUUAUUGAGACAAAUUCCGUCUCACAAAUUUCCAAAUAAACAAUUCACUUUUCAUAUCCUCUCUGUCUUGUACACAUCAUGCUGGUUAAAAGACUACAGAUAUUUCA